AACUCGGAGAAUUAGGCCUCGGAAGCGUUGGGGAGAUGUGAGACGCCAAGUUUAAUAAUAGAUCAUCCGGCCGGUCAAAGGAAAACCAUCCCCUGUCCGCCGGAGACGGUUCUGGGAUCGAAUCGGUAUCGUGAAAACGCUGGAAAAUGCAGAAACCGUUCGAAGAUCCUCCCGUGAUCGGGGAGUGGUGUCGCGAGAAAAGGCUCGGCUCAGGUGGCUUCGGUGUGGUCACACUCUGGAGGAACAAGACUACCCAGCAAACCGUCGCGAUAAAGAAGUUCCACAUUCUGCAAGAUAGGAGCGAAAUCACCGAUAAGCACAGCGAACGAUGGCGCAACGAGGUGCAGCUGAUGACGGAGACGGUUCGUAACGACAACAUUGUCCGCACGGUUCGCGUCCAGCCGGACUCGUUCGUGCGGGAGCUGUUGCGUAGCUCCGCCAACGGGUUACCGAUACUGUGCAUGGAAUAUUGCGAAGGAGGAGAUCUACGGCGGGUGCUGAAUCGCGUCGAGAAUUGCUCCGGAUUACGGGAACAGGAAGUGCGCGAAGUGUUGCGCUCGCUGCGCAAUGCAAUCUCGUAUCUGCACAGUCUAAAAAUAACGCACCGCGAUAUUAAGCCGGAGAACUUGGUGCUGAAACGGCAGGAUGAUCGCAUCGUGUACAAGCUCACCGAUCUGGGGUACGCUAAAGCGUUGGACAAACAAAGCCUCCAGGCAAGUCUAGUCGGGACGGUGGAAUAUAUAGCACCCGAUCUGAUCUACUGUGAUCGUUACAACAACUCAGUCGAUUACUGGUCGAUGGGUGUGAUUGCGUUCGAGAUCGUGACCGGUGUGCGGCCCUUUAUUCCCCAUUCACCCAUCACCAAGUGGAUGCUGCACGUGCAGCAAAAGAAGGCAGCCGAUAUCGCGAUCACGGAGGACAAUCGGGAUAACUACAUCUACCACAGUGAAAUUUUCCCCGAAAAUCACAUCUCCAACGGGUUACGCAAGGAACUCGAACGUUGGCUAACAUUGGCUCUCGAGUGGAACCCGAAACAGCGAGGUUUUGCCCCUCACACUGGUGCUGCGAAAGUAACGACGACGGUCGAUGGCAAAGCAGCAGCACCGCAACCAACGCCAGUGUCGAUGGUAUUGAAGAUCUUUUCACAGCUCGAUCAACUGCUCGACCGCAAGUUUCUUACCCUCUUCUCGCUAUACGAUUGUCGCUGGAUAAGCGUUGAGCUGACGGAAGAAACGACGAUGGCUAUAGUGCGACAGGAGGUAUACCUUGCAACGGGCAUUCCCGUGGAGGAGAUCGAAUUCAUUCUUCCGCUCGAACAGAAACGCACUCGUAUCGAGGUAGACACGCGACCACUGGAUCUCUGGCUGUCGAGUGUACAGGAUGAUCGACCGAUGCUGUACGUGGUUCACGCCGGCAAUGUCGGAGCGAUCGUGCAGCGUGACUUGAAGCCACGCAUUCCGCCAAGUAUUACGGAUGUCUUUCAGAACAUCAAGGUGAAACUGAAGCCACACAUGCUGCGACAGUUCAUUGCGAACGCGUACUAUUUCAUUGCAAACGAGCAACGGCAGUAUGUGCUGCUGCUAGAUGGAAUUCGGAACUAUGGUUUGCUGCUCAACGAUGGAAUAGCACGGCGGCGUGAGGAAAUCAUUCAAAUGAACAAGAUUGUGUACGGUAUUUUGGGAGGAGUCGAGUUCCACAAGCUAACCGUUUCUCAUACGCGUGAUUCACCGAUUUUGAAAAUGCAAAUUCCAAAGAGUGACUUUGAGGCCGCUAGUCGCGAGUGGGAGGAAAGCUGUACUCGGUGUGAGACCAACGUUCGCAAGUUGGCCGAGAUGGCUGAUAAGAUUAGUAAACGGUACGAGUCGGUGCUAAAGCGCAGCCGGGAUGCACUGCGUCAUCCACUGCUACUGGCACGUGUCGACACCGAACCGCAAGCGACGGAUUACUUUGGAUUGAAAAACGUCGAAGGUCGCUUCGAACAAUCAAGGGCACGCAUUUUGGAGCGCAUCACCAACGAAAAGACACACAUGGACAUGGCCCAAGCCGUGUACGAGUGUUUGAAACGCCGAGACGUAUUACUACGAGAUCCCGCCUUUUUGGAGCUGCAACAGCAACUACUCGACAUUCGCACCGAGAUGCAAGAAAUCGAAAAGGUGCUACAAAAGGUGGUGGAGCUUACGGAAAAGUUUAAGCGAGAUUUAGCUCACCAGACCCUGCGGCAACAGGAUGCAGUGUGGAAGCUGUUCCACGCGACUUCCACUGUUGCAAAUGGUGUAACAUCUGUUGGCAAGAUGGCAGCAUCGGUUCCAGAGCUCGAUCGAAUGAUGACGUCGCCUUCCAUAACGAACGGUGGACCCAAGUUUCUGCUCGGUGGACCGAUAACUCCACUUCACGCGGCUCUCAGCGGCGAAGGAGGAACAAUUGACGAGAAUCUCCUGUGCUUUGGCGAAGGUUCCGAUGUGAAUGAUUUGAUCUCGGCCAACGAGACCCUGAUAGUCACGACCAAUGAUCUGCUUUGUGAUAGUUUUACGAUGCUGAAGGAAGCUUAGGAUGCAUCUUUAAUGUGAAUUCUUCGUUCGAUAGAAUGUGCCUUGAACCAAAUGGUGCUAGCAGUGAAGGCAGUUUCGUGGUUUAAGUAAAAACUGUUUUACCGUCAUAAUCGCACAGAUUAAAAUAAAUCAAAAAGUAUUUGCUGUUAAA